UCUGGUGGAGGAUGUGGGCUAAGCAGAGUGGGCAAGCCUCAUGGAGCAGAGAUUAAACACUCGAGAAGCUCAUUGUUGUAUAUAUUCCUUUUCCAAAAACAUAUUAAGAGUGAUAUUGCCUAUUUUUUAUUUAUUAGAUUUUCUUAUAAAAAUGGAUUCAGCGCGUUAAAAAAUGCAGUGAUGCAUACCUGGGAACUCCUCCCUCGAAAAAAAGGCCAAAAGGAACCACACUUAGGGGAAAUUAAGAGCAUCUGUGUCCACAGGCCAUGAGAUGACUGCUGGAAGAAGGGGAAAGGGGUCGGGCCUUGAUGUGAUUUAGGGAAUGACUUCAAAAAAUUAGAACAGACAGACACGCACGUACACCGGACAAACGGUCACAAUCAAAUGGACAGUUCUUCCGUCGUCAAAGGAAACCGACCAAUCACAGACCGAGGAGCGAAAUGAAAGGAAUUCCGGUCCUUUGUGAGAAGACGAGCCGAGGUGAAACAUUUCGGAAAUAACAAAGAAGCCGAACCAUCCAAAUCAGUCUUGCAACGGCAAGCUACGGGGUAUGGUCCUCGAUCAUACAUGGGUGUCGAGUCUUGCAGAGAGGGGCAAUGUGUUGCUAAAUAUUGAGUUCGGCGCUGACAGACGGAGUAUCGCUGAAAGUUUUAUUCUACAUUUAUCCUUGUUUUUAGUCGCUUGCAGAGUCAAGGACUGCGAUAAGUUGUAUUGUACUAAGCUAUAAGAGUUGUGAGAAGCUAAGAGGUGUAGAAAUACAUUUUAUGAGUUUUGGAGAGUGAGGAGCAGCCGACGAGCAGCUCACAGCAGGAUCCCUCCUGGGGCAAGGGUGGGGGGCACAAAGGAUGCUCGCGCGAAGCAAGCUGCCAAGACGAGGAGCGACGGGGCCACAGGCAUUCCAACUGUUAAUCGAUCUGGGCGCGCAGUUAAUCCUUGGGCGUGCUUAAUCGGAAGCCCCGAGCACACUCCAGCAAAGGUCGAGCUCAAGGAUCAACAGUGUCUGGAGCCAAGGGGGUGACGCGCUGCCACCCAGCGGAGGAGCUGCGAGCGCUAUCUUGCGACGGGACCAUCGCGCACAUCAACGCAGUAGGAGCCGGACCCAUCAUUUCUGCCAGCACGGGCACUGCCGCCAGCAUGAGCAGCGUAGCGACUCAGCAACCACCCCAGCGGUGGAGAGAGACUGACGGCGCAGCCGAGAACGCCGUGUGUUCGAGACACACACGCUGGGAACCUGACGUAUUUUCGGUACAAGGAACGCUGCACUACGAAGUUCACCUUUGACCUCAGCAGGACAGUUAGCAGGAAUAGUAUGUGGAUAACUCAAACCAUACUGCCCGCUAUAAUUAUUGGACCUCGUGGUGACUGUGGUCCAACACACACAUACAACGCGCAUAUCGGUAUGAAUAAGAUUGUUCCAAGAAGUUUUGUUUCGAAAAGGGUUGCCAUCCCCAGGUGGUGUGUUAACUAUUCGCUAGUCGUGAAAAGCAUUGUUCUGUCCUUUGAACCGCAUGAAUACGGUCGUUUAGAAGUAUUUUGGUCAUUAUGAGAAUAGGUUUUCCCCUUUUUCUAGCAACAAAACAGGGGUUAAGAUGUUAAAACACCAAACUGAAACCUUUUACAAGGAAUCAUGUCAUGCAAACAGAAAACACUCUCAUAAUAUAUGCAUGAAUACGGUCAUUUAGAAGUAUUUUAGUCAUUAGUUUUCUUUUAUCACGUAAUAUUACCAAUGAACUCAUUGAUGACACACUAAACAUUUAUAAGCAUCUAUGUUACGAAUCUACACACACGAAUACUAUUGUUUUGAGAUAUUUAUUUUAAUCACGGAAUUUUGCCCGCGAAUUCAUUGAUGUCCCAUUAGUCAAUUGAUAAGCAUCUGUUAGCCAAACACACACUCAUAAUCUUACCAAUUAAUUCAUUGAUGUCCACUUUUGCCAUUGGGCACAUGUUUUUUUCGCGCGGUUCCGUAUGAAUACUGUUAUUUUUAAGGACUUAUCCUAUCGUGUAUUGUCGCGCUACUAUGAAGAGUUAGCCUAUUGUUUUAUUGCUCAGUCUAACAGAAGUGACCUGGCCAUCACAAAUGAUACCUCAACGAAGUGGCCUAUCAUCACGUGGACACUUAUAUCAGCAGCCAAAUACUCUCUAAACGCCUGGUGAUGUUGAUUCUAAAUGUCGGGGGGGGAGGGGGGGGUGGAAACCGGAGGACCUGGGGAUAAAUCUACGCGAACCACGGGGAGAGAGACACGUGCAAAUUCCAAAUAUACAGCAGGCCAUGUCAGAGCUGGGAUUGAACCCACGACCUCCUGUAUACCAGACGAGGUAGUUAACAUCUCGCCACCAUGUCACCCAAAGGCGGAGAAGGCACCAAACCAAAUUUUGAAUCAACACCUUUUUGGGACCUUUGGCGAUCUGGAGGUGUGGGCGACGCAACAGGCAUGGAUGGAUAACGUGCAACGCACUUUAAACUUUGGUAAACACUCUAGAGCGGUGGUUAUUAACCUUCACUGCACCCCGUUGGUUCUCAAUGGUAAAAAAGUAUGUUAAUAAAUAUGCAGGGCUUGAUGGAACAAAGUUGUUUACUUACGUGCCCGUGCUUAAUUUGUGUUUUUGAUUAUUUACCGUCUAAAAAUAAACCUGCCCAUUUCUCGCACACCCCCAACAAAGGGAAUCUCGCACCCUCAGGUGGUGCGUGCACUCCAGUUUAAUAACCACUGCUCUCAUGGGAUUGGACAGGGGAAUAGGUGAGUGGGUGAAUGAGUGUUAAGUCUGUAGACAGUGUUGAGUCUAUGGGUAGUGUUGAGUCUGUUUCGAUGAUUUACCCUUCUUAAAAAGAUUCUGCCAUGUCUCGCUACCCCCAGAAAAGGGCAUCUCGCACCCAGGUGUGCACCGCAGGUUAAGAAGUAAAACCACUGGUCUAGACUCAUUAGAACUUACACGAUUAUGGUAGCGUAUGUGUAUUCGACGAGUAACCGGUGGUGCACCUUGGGGAGGCUUCACAUCACGCACUUCAGGGGAAGGGAAACAACAACAAAUACUAAAUAAGUUCUCAGAAGCUUGUGGCAGAGCCGGUUGAGAUUGCAGCUUGUCCAGCGAAGCAAAUUUGCUGCCACUUAAUUUUUCUCGGACGACUCCGUUGGUAAUUCACAAACGGCGCGGUCUCGCGGGCGGGAGGAAUGCAUUGUGGCCACGUUCGGUCGUGCUCGACCAUCGAUAGAAUGUCCUACUCCACGCAAGACGCCCGUCCCCCCCUCACUUCACACUCAACGGGGAGACGGUCGAAUCUCGACCUCCGCUUUUUAGUUUCACGCCCGCGCCGGUCUCACAGCCGGCGCCUUCCUCGGUUUGCUGCUUCGCGAGCGACUGGGUGAGAGGCCAGGAUCUUCGCCGCAGGAUUCCAUCUUCACGCCCGGCCACAGCUCGCAGCCUGAGCUCCCGGCUUCUCGCAACAGGGGGAAGAGGCGCAUGCACAAACGUCCGUGACAUGUCGGGUUCCACCGAGUCACCCCUCUGCCCACCACCUUCACGAGCUCCAUCUGACCCCGCCCUCCGUUUGUAACAUUGCACGGUUCGUAAGUCGUGUACAGCGCCAUAUUUCAAUGCCCGCAUGGUCGGUGUUGUGAAACGUGUUACGGUUCAACGCAACAAAAAGGUUAAUGCACUGUUAACACCUCGUAAAUUAAGAGGAAACGUCGUACAUUUGCAUGUAAUACUGAACUGUAACAAAUACGAUCAAGUCAAUUGUUUUGGCUGUCUGUCUCUCUGUGUCCAUGCCUGCCAUGUAACGCUUUUUAACUGACAAACUAUUGGGUUUACGUUUCAAGAAAGUACACAAAUACAACAAACUAAGCCACCGGAUGAACACUUGCUAUUUGUUUUUGCCCUUGGUCCAAUCUAAACUAAGAAAAUCACACUUUAUACAACAUAUGCUAAUCAUCACAACGUUGAGCCGCGUGCCAAAGCACCCAUUUAUAGAGUCACCUAUCUAGCCAGCACAGGAGGUCAUAAAGGUCAUGUAAACUCAUCAGCGUUGACUGAUGUUCAUCUUUGUUGGGCGUAAGUCACCACCACCAUGUCUUGCCUCCCAUUGAUGAAGAAGCAAAGCCCACAGUAGCCUGGGGUUCACAGCUUCCCACACCUCACCGCCAUGCCCCAAUGCCCCCAUCAUUCUAAGAGCCACUCUCUGUUAUUUUGUCCACCCCUCAAGUGCUUGGAGGCACAACCUGGCCACUGACGUCACUGACGUCGUGUCGUCAAUCGCGCCUGUGUGCGUUACGUCAUGUUACCACCGCCCGGGGGGAGGGGCCUGUGGACGCAAUGAGUGACGUCACGGACUGGGUUGGGUGACGUCACGCACAGAUACAGAGAAUCCAGGCCUCCGUAUCUCUGCGUGGUUGUGCGUCUUUUGUAGCGUUGUGAAGUUCAACAUCGCCACUGGGGGAGAGACAAAGGCGGCCGGGCGUGAUGUUGGCCACCCCCCCCCCCCCGUGUGCCGUUCUGGCCUUCGUAGGUGCUCGCUAACAGCACUUGCCCCAACAGUCUGUGCCAGGACAGGAACGAUGAACGAGGGAGGAGAGAUGAAGAUCUACUGCCCGAUUUGCAACUGGGUGGUGAUCAGCCUGUCCGCCCUGGAGGACCACAUGAAGCAACACAGGCGCCGGACCGAGUCCGUGCUGUACCAGUGCCCCCACUGCCCGUACAGCACGGACAAAGCGGCCACUUUGAUCGGCCACCAGAGGAGCCACGCUGACGAUAAGCCCUACAAGUGCUGGGUGUGCGAUGAAGUUUUCGCGAAUUCGGGAGACUUCUGCUCCCAUCAGAGCGUGCAUAUGAAGCGGGCGCGACGCGGGAAGGCGUUCUCCCCACCGCCAGGAGACGUCUCACCGGACAGGAGGAUCCGCGCAGACGAGAGGCCCUACUGCUGCAACGUCUGCGGGGAGGACUUCACUCAGUCGCACCACCUCCUCAACCACCAGAGGAUCCACACAAGCAAGAAGCCGUACGCAUGCACCGUGUGCGGCAAGACGUUCACUCACUCGGCCGUCCUCGUCGCCCACAAGCGGAUCCACACGGGCAAAAAGCCGUACAGGUGCGCCACAUGUGGCAAGGCAUUCAAGCAGUCGGGGACGCUCUUCAACCACGAGAAGACCCACGCGGAAGAGAAGCCCUAUGGGUGCGCGGCGUGCGGGAAGCGAUUCGUCCAGUCGAGGGGCCUCGUCAUACACGCGAGGACCCAUACAGGCGAGAGGCCGUACAGGUGCUCCACGUGCGGCAAGUCCUUCGCCCAGUCGGGCACCCUGCGCAUCCACAAGCGCACCCACACGGGCGAGAGGCCGUACGCGUGCGACGUGUGCGGCAGCUCGUUCACGCACUUGGGCACCCUCCACGUGCACAAGAGGACGCACGCGGGCGGGAGGCCCUUCGCGUGCCCCAAACGCGGGAAGGCCUCCUCCGGGUCGGGGAGCCUCCAGGCGCGCCGCCACACCCGCGAGAGGACCGGGCUCCACGAGGGUGCGACUGCCACUGGGCAGGUCGUGGCAAGCCUCGGGGGCGAGGGUCCCGCGACGACCCCCUCGGCGAUCCCCUCAGCGACCCCCUCGGUAUCGCUAACAUCAGAACACGGAGAGACUCUCAGCUUCGAGACGUGGCCGGGGGUUAAGGUGGAAUGCGACGGUGAAGAUCCUUCCGCCUCCCUGUCGAUCGUGAAGCGGGAGCACGAUGGGAUCGCCAGCGUCGAGACUUGGCCAGGGGUGAAGGUAGAACUGGGGGGGGAGGAUUCUUCAGUUCCCUUCUCGAUCGUGAAGCAGGAACGGGAAGAAAUCCCCGGCUGUGAGACGCGGCUGGGGUGAAGGUGGCACACGGGAGGCCGAGUCUCUGUUUUGGGAACGGAUGUUGAGGUCUAUGUGGGAAGUUUUGUUUCGAAAAGGGUUGCCAUCCCAAGGUGGUGUGUUAACUAUUAGCUAGUCAUGAAAAGCAUUGUUCUCUCCCUUGAACCGCAUGAAUAGAGACAGCUUUCUUUCAAGCCUAGUCUCAAACGGUGUCUCUGGUGUGGACCAAUCUGUUUUUGCAUUCUGACCACUAUUAGCUAGUCGUGUGGUUAAUGCAGGCACGAUUCCUUGUAAAAGGUUUAAGUUUGGUGUUUUAACAUCUGAACACCUGUUUUGUUGCCAGAAAAAGGGGAAAACCUAUUCUCAUAUUUUGGUACUGGCAACGGAGGUCCCAUAAUCAUAUUUAUUUAAUUGCAUAAUCUUGCCAAUUAAUUGGUUGAUGCCCCCUUUUUGCCAUUGGGCACAUGUUUAUUUAGCACGUUUCCAUAUGAAUAUUGUCACUUUUAAGGACUUUCCUAUCGUUGUGUAUUGUUGCUUUACUAUGAAGAGUUAGCCUAUUGUUCUAUUGCUCAGUCUAACAAUGUAACCAUUGAGGGUAAAUUGGACGGAUUGAUGAGUAGGACAUCUUCAGGAGUACUGUUGUGGCAAUUCCGAUCAUAAGUGUGUUCGCAUAUUAGAGUGUUUUUAGAUGUUCAAGUUACUUAACACAGCAGAGUCUGAGUGGUUCCUUCCUAAGUUCAUGCAUAUUAAUUUUAAUUAUAUGAACUGUAUCCUGCAGCGAGCUCUGAGUCCCAAGACUGGAAAUAAUUACACUAAAACAUAAUCAGUAAAAGUUGAAGCGAGAAUCAUGGCAUUAUCACGAUUGGUAAUACACCCAUAGACAACGAAGCCUAGCCUAAUUUACAUAAUUACAAACAUUUGCAUAAUUUCUUAAAUUUGCAUAAUUUCUUGAAAUGGCAUUUAUUAUUUAUAUGUUUCUUUUUCAAAAUAAUAUAUACAACAUAACCGAGAGAGAUAAAUGUUGAGAAAAUGCCGCGCGAUACAUCGGCCGUUCGAAAUGGCGCAAGCGCGUCUGCACGACUGUUAAGGUACACAACGUGGAGGCAAUAUCUUUUCCUCUGAACAGAUACACGUGAAGUGAAAACUACGUAGACUCUUUGUUUUACUUUACCAGGUAAGGCCCACCACUGAGCCAUGUAGCUCUUUUUCGCAAGCGACCUGACCAUCACAAA